AUGGAUAAAGAUUUUCUGAAACGGUUGCACGGGAAGAUGAUGAAGCAAGGAAUACGAAUGAACUACUAUCCGGCCUGCUCGAGGCCUGAUCUUGUGCUCGGUAUUAGUCCUCAUUCUGAUUCAAGCUCUAUAACCUUACUUGUGCAAGAUGAUGAAAUCGCUGGCCUUCAGAUUAGGCACAAGGGAGGAUGGGUUCCUGUGAAACCAGUUCCAAAUGCCAUAGUUGUAAACAUUGGUGAUGUUAUUGAGCGUAAAAGAUACGGUCAGAAUUUGACGUUCAAUGGAGUAUGCCAAAGCAUUGAGCACAGAGCAGCGACGAAUGUGGCAGCGGCAAGAAUGUCCAUUGCAACAUUUGUGAUGCCGGAUGAUGAAGUGGAACUCAGUCCAGUGGAGACAAUGGUGGAUGACUACAAUCGCCCUAUAAUGUACAAAAGCAUCAAGUAUGGUGAUUACCUUAGAUAUACUUUAUCAAAGAAAAUGGAUGGAAAAGCCAACACUGAGCUUCUGAAAGUUGGAAACGAAAGCGAUUGA